CCUUCAAUUUCCAUCUCAUCCGGUUUAUCUCGGGAGUUGUGAUGCAUCGUCCCCGGUUCGCUUCCUUUGAUGCCGUGGUCGAUGAGUAUUCAUUGCUGGUGAUUGGCUUGAGUCCAUCGUUGAAGCCAUGGUUGCUCUAAACGUGGUAUCUCACUCGCUAAAGUUAGGAUCAGAGCCUGGUGCACACACGCUCUUUGCAUUCCCUGUUCAGCGGUUCGAUCAAUCCCCCUUAGCAGAUCAAUCUGGGCUGUUUGCCUCCGGCGCGUUGGGAUUGACGAGGAUCAGCAUGCUGUCUCCCUCAUAGAUCUUGGGCCUCUGACUUCUUUGGGUUUUUAAAAAAGAAGCCGUUGGGUCCGCCCUUCCAACGAGAUGAGAUCACUGCUACGAUGAACGAUCUGUCACCUCGGUUAUCUCUCCACAACUUUCCGAUCAUCGCAGAGUCGUAGUAGCUCAUAAAUGUCUACAGAUGGCUAGCCACCUUCCGAUUCUCGAAUUAAACGGCGCUUCUUUCGUAGAACAUAUUACAUUGUUUCAUUAAACGGAAAUCACUCGCUUCUAUGAUGAUGGCGA